AUGUUGCCUCAAAUACCCGAUAAGUCCCAAUUAACAUACACGCCUAACUAUUGUGAAGAAAAUGUCUACUUCUUGUGCAAAUCAUUUUCUUCGGCCGUUGAGACAUUCGAUACUUUUGCCUGCUUCAUAUCCAAUGAGCACAAGAGCGUACCCUUGUGGAAGCAACGUAUAGCAGAAGGUCCUGAUGUUCCCGUAAUCUGG